AUGAAGUCUUACAUUCCAUUUUUCAUUCUUCUGUGGAGUGCUGUUGGAAUUUCAAGGGCUGCCAAAAUCGUUAUUGUGCCGCCAAUUAUGUUUGAGAGCCAUCUGUAUAUUUUCAAGACCUUGGCCUCUGCCUUGCAUGAACAAGGCCACCAGACAGUUUUUCUCCUGUCUGAGGGCAGAGAAAUCCCUCCAUCUAAGCACUAUAGACUGCAGCGUUACCCAGGGAUCUUUAAUACCACCACCUCAGAUGAAUUUCUUCAAUCCAAAAUGAGGAGUAUCUUUUCUGGGAGACUUACAGCCCUGGAACUGUUUGACAUUCUGGAUCACUAUUCUAAGAACUGUGACAUGAUUGUGGGCAACAAGAAGCUCUUGCAUACCCUGAAACAGGAAAAAUUUGACCUGCUGCUAGUGGAUCCAAAUGAGAUGUGUGGAUUUGUUAUUGCUCAUCUUUUAGGGAUUAAAUAUGCUGUUUUUUCCACUGGUCUUUGGUAUCCAGCAGAAGUAGGUGCUCCAGCACCUUUAGCAUAUGUUCCAGAAUUUAAUUCACUUCUCACAGAUCAUAUGAACUUGAUAGAGAGGCUUAAGAACACUAUUGUUUAUCUGAUUUCAAGAUUUGGAGUCAACUAUUUGGUUCUGCCAAAAUAUGAAAGGAUAAUGCAGAAGUACAAUGUACAGCCAGCAAGGUCCAUGUUUGAAUUGGUUCAUGAAACCAGCCUGUGGAUGCUGUGUACUGAUGUAGCACUAGAGUUUCCAAGACCCACACUACCAAAUGUUGUUUACGUGGGAGGAAUUCUUACCAAACCGGCCAGUCCUCUACCAGAAGAUCUUCAAAAAUGGGUGGAUGGUGCUAAUGAAAAUGGCUUUGUCCUUGUUUCAUUUGGAGCAGGAGUGAAAUAUUUAUCAGAUGAUAUAGCAAAUAAACUGGCACAAGCCCUGGCAAGACUUCCUCAAAGAGUUAUUUGGAGAUUUUCAGGAAAUAAACCUAGGAACUUGGGUAACAAUACAAAACUUAUAGAAUGGUUACCACAAAACGACUUAUUAGGUCACUCUAAUAUUAAGGCUUUCCUUAGUCAUGGUGGUCUGAACAGCAUUUUUGAAACCAUGUACCAUGGUGUACCUGUGGUGGGAAUUCCUCUUUUUGGAGACCAUUAUGACACCAUGACCCGAGUGCAGGCCAAAGGCAUGGGGAUAUUACUAAACUGGAAGACAGUUACUGAUGAUGAAUUAUAUAAUACACUGGUGAAAGUUAUUAAUGAUCCCAGCUACAGACAACAGGCCCAAAAGCUGUCUGAAAUUCAUAAAGAUCAACCAGGUCACCCUGUUGAUCGAACAGUCUACUGGAUUAAUUAUAUCCUUCGUCACAAUGGAGCACAGCAUCUACGUGCCGCAGUUUACAGAGUCUCUUUCUAUCAGUAUUUCUUACUGGAUAUUGCUGCUGCUGUACUGCUUGGUACAGCCUUACUCUGCUGUGUUUUGGUCAGGAUAGCAAAAUUCAUCUGCAAGCAAAGCAAACAUCUUUGGUCAACUGAUGAGCAUACUACUAUUAAUGGACAUUACCAAAAUGGGAUACCAAAUGGCAAGUAUAGAAGAAAUGGCCACAUUAAACAUGAGAAAAAGGUGAAAUGAGCCAACUACCCAAUGUACAUUAGCAAUGAACCAAUUCUCUAAUUGAAUUUUAUAGCUGUAACUUAGUCUAACACCUACUUAAAGUAAAACAAUAAACAGUUCUAAUGCUCCCCUACAGUAUGUAAUCUUAUGCAAUUAAAUUCUGCAGAACUAAGAAAAAUCUUUAGAAAAAAUGAAGCACAACCUAAAAUGCAAAAUGUAUUUUAUUCUUAAUACUGAUGCAGAAAGGUUAUUCUGGCACUGAUGUUUUUUAGAAGCCUUAAUUCUCUGAAGUAAUUCAACACAUAUAUUUAUGACUUCUCCAUUUGUGAAUCUAAAUGUGUGCGUCCCAGAUAAGGAGUUAUUUCUUUUUACUUGGAAAAGUUCUUCCUUUUUUCAUACACUCAUUCAUAUUUUAGCAAAGAGAUCUAUAUUUUAUUUAUAUAAGGUUCAAUAUGUUAUCUGACAAUGAUGUUCAUGAAAGUCAUCUUUCCUGGUGUUUGGUACAUAGGAAUAAACACAUGACAGAAUUAUUAUGCAGCCAUACAAGUCAUAUUCUUAAAAGGUACUAAAGAAUAUGAUAAUAUACCAUUCUUUUGAUAUUCACUUAAACCCUCCCUUUCUCUUCCAUUUCUUUAGAGAGAAGGAAGUUGCACAAGAAUACCAUAAGCUGUAAUUUUAUAUUUAUGUAUAUUUUAGUUUUGUUCUCUACAUUUCCCCAUAUCCAUAAUCUAUGCCAUUGUAAAGGUAUUUGAUUCUAAUAAUUAAAAGGGCUGUGUGGAUAGAAUAAAUAGAUUUUAAAAAUAUAUGAGGCAGAGAUCUGCCCCAUGCUCUUUGGAAAAGGUUUUACCUUGUCCCUUGAGCAAGCAGAAUCAAACCACUUUAGGGGUUUGUUAGAAAGUUGAAUGUCUUUGCUAUUAUGUUAUUCCAAUUACAUUUUUUUCCAAAACCACAAUGGUUCAGAGGUUCACUUAGUUCUAUCUGUGUUCCUUAUACUAGUCUGGGCCACACAAUCCAUGUUACAGAGUUGCCAACAACAAUUCUCUGAAUAGAAUGGAGGUUAUCCUUUGGUCAGUUCCCACUGUCUUUGUAGAGGUUUGAUAUCAUGCAUGACAUUAAACCUAGAAAACUAAUUAGAAAAUUUGCCUCUGUUCACAUUCAUAGCUUCCUUUUCUGCACAACACUCUUUCAAUCACUGUAACCACUACAGGGCUUUUCUGAUUUUAAGCAGAAAAUGGAAAAUAGGGCAUUGAACAAAGUUUAAAGCUGUCCUGUUACACCAGAGUUGGCAACUAUUAGUUUAUCAAUUCCCAUGUCAUUCUGUUUACUUGAAAUUUGCACUGCACAUGUUGUGAGUGUACACUUUAUUUAUUUGCAGUUUGAUAUCCCAUGUCCAUCCUUGGGGGGAGGGAGGGGCAGUCUAUAUUGAGUGUUGUUCACUAACAUGGGAAGAGUUCUGGAAAAAACCAUAGAAUACUAAAAUCAUCUUCGUACACAGUGACAUGAUGUUUCAUAAUCAUCCCAUCAGGAGCCUCUAUCUUAUAGCAAUAAAGUAGCAUUGCAAAUAUGUUUCUAAUAUUCAGUACAGGCAAUUGUACUGCUUUCCAGAUACUUGAAGAAAAUGGUAUUAUCAAUAAGCCUGUUAGCUUUAUCUUUUUACAAUCUUAUCAGUAUGUGGCAACUAAGGGAAUACAAAGAGGCAAUGAGUGGUGGGAGAGUGACAGGACGUAGAGUGUAUGAAUGCAUUGGUUUUAAUGUUUUUCGUAUUGAAGAAGGUACACAAGCACUGACCGGAUGAUUAAGAAUAAUUUAAUCUCCACUGUGAUACAACUUAAGCAAUA